ACACGAGAUGUUAGUUGCACAGGUUGAGUCGAGGCUGUUGUGUUUGUCACAGUUUGCAGACAAGAGUCGAAGGAGAAAUGUGUGAGAGACAGUCUCUGCUGGAAGAAGUCCUCUGGUGAAGGAUUGAUGAAGAUGUGCUGAACCUCAAAAGCUGCUCGUCUCUCUGCUCCUUCAACACCCGAAAAUUGGAGGUCGGAGUGGGGGGAUGUCUGUCCGGAGUGGAGGAGCUCCUCCGCCUCGGGGCUCCAGCAACCCCAGCCUGCAACCCCGAGGAGCCACAGUCCUCAGCCUGCAGCAGCCUCUCAGAGCCACAGUGCCCUACCAGCUCCAGCUCCAGCUCCAGAGAGGCUCAGCUCUCCUCAGCAGGGAGCUCAAGACUGCUGACAGGACCACGGCUCGUCCGCCGAAACCCACCAUCCGCCGGACUCUGUCUCUGGACGCCAUCGUCGCGCCCUAUCUGCAGGGACAGUGGCCCAAAGAGGCCGAGAGCACGGCUGUUACAUGUGUCAACGACAAAGCCACGCAGACUCCGAGUUCCUGGGCCGAGGAGACCCGAGGAAGGAGGAGCGCCGGCGGACACAAGCGCUCAGCGUCGUGGGGCAGCGCAGAGCACCUGAGGGAGGUGGCCAAGCUGAGGAACCAGUUGCAGAAGCGCUCCCGCCACGUCCCCCCCCCAGCAGGAUAUGAGCUCCCACACCACCCCCCGCUGCCAGCAGGUCAUGCAGCGGGCGUCACUCAGACGCUGCCCCCGAUGCCGCUGAACCGACUCGCUCCGCGGCUGCGACGUAGCGUUGAAGGCCUCAACUUGGAGCUGGAAGAGGCGUUUGUUUCUGAGAAACCUGACGACCAGCAUGAGAUUCUGGAUAUCCCCGAUGGCCACAGGGCCCCGGUCCCGGUCCAGAGAUGCAGCAGCGGCUCUCAGAGUGAGCCCUCGCCCGGCCCUCUGGAUCUGGAUCUGGAUCCUUCCCUCCUCUCUCCCUCUCAGUCCCCCUGUCCUUUAGACCCAUCGCUUCUGUCUCCUUCAAAUUCUCCUUCUCCAUUGAACUCAUCUCUGCUGUCUCCAUCACAGUCUCCAUGUCCUAUGGGACAGCCAGAGCCGGUGGACAGUGAGACGCUGUGUCCCGCUCCGUCGACAUCGCUCCCUUCGUUUGCACUGGAUCCUCCUCUGCUGCAGCCCUGCUCCUCUGCUCCUCGCCCCAACAAAACCUACUCCUUCCAGCGCGAGCCGCCAGAAGGCUGCGAGCGAGUACGAGUGUGCGAGGAGGCAAUGUCUGCCUGUCAGGAUGAGCCUCGCCUCCAGCCGUCCUGCCCUGACCCCAAUAAAGUCAACUUCACCCCCCACGGAGGCUCCGCUUUCUGCCCCGUCAGUCUCCUGAAGCCCCUCCUUCCCUCCAUGGACCUCCUUUUCCGCGGCCUGUCAGUCUCUCCGGUCACCGGCUGCCCAGGUCAGGCCUCUCCUACCAGGCACCUGGGCAUGCAGUAGGUGGAUGUCUGAGCAGAGCCGCAUCUCAGGACUCAACCACACUGGAUAUGUUACCUGUGGUCACCUGGCUCAUCACUGCCGUAACGUGCCACCAUCACUGUGAUCAAAAUAAGAGACUUUAGAUUAACUUUGGCCUAAAAUCUGGCUGCUUUACUGAUUAUUUCCACCUGCUCAAAGGAUACUUUGAUUUAGCUGAUACUCGCCUCAUCAGCACUUAGUAAUACCCCAUGUGGGUUUGUGGAUUAAUUACAGGACUGAAGUUCUGGAAAUGUUGGAAAAUGCUGGAAGAGCAUUACUGCUGGCGAUCGUUUUUGACGUUGCGUUUGAUGAAACUGAAUAUUGUUUUAGUUUAUGCGUCAGCGGUUCAGACAAAGACUGCAGUCUGCGAGGGAUGUUUUCAUUUUAAACGUUAAAAUAAGGGAAUUCAGAUUCAAAAACCCAAGCACUUACAACACAUGAGUAUUACUUUCUUACUAUCCUUUAUUGUUGAUUGUUACACGGCUUUGUUGAAUACUGAUUGGUCAAUCACAGCAAUAUAUGGUCUGUUAUUUCUUUAUAACAGACCGUUGCUAUGUAUAGCAGACCGUUGCUAUGGACACAGUUCUGAUCUCGGACUCUGGAGGACCGUUUUUGUG